CACCUUUCCCGGAUUUCCGAGAAAGAUUCUUUUAGUAGAGUAAAAAAUAUUUUAAUGAAAAAAAAGAUUCAUGGAACAAUUGGGAGAUUUGACAGUCUGCCGAUUGUGCUUGCAUUCCAGCGAGGAGUCCCUAAAAUUCAUUUCCGGAUCCUUCCACAAUUCCCAACCCUACAAGAACAUCUACUUCAUGGUGACUGGAAUACCUCUGACGGAUUACAAAUCCUUCCCAUUGCAGAUCUGUGCUACAUGCGAGGAGAAUCUAAUCAGUGCUUACACAUUCCGGGAACUUUGCUUCCAAACUGAGGAGAAACUUAAAGAGCUGCAUGAGCAGGAAGAGAAUGAACACAGCAUCCCUGAAACUACUCAUGGGAUAAACAAUACUAUAGUUGAAAGGAUUCAGGAUAAUUAUUUAGUAGGAGAACAAGACGACGCCAUAGAAGGAGAAGCAAAUGGAAGCAUUCAGAAGCCAGCAGAAGAGAAGCUAUCUAAACAAGAAAGGAAGCAACGUAGGAUACUCUGUAAACGCUGUAAGGUCAUCUUCAGAGGACUGGAGAGUUUCAAGGGUCAUCGAUGCAAAGAUGUGCAAAAAAAUCAACAGGAUUCGCCACAAUUAGCAACCAAACAGUGCAAUAUCUGCGGGAAGGUCAUCAAGGGAUCUCAUUUUGUGCAACACAUGGACUACCACAAUGGCAUUAAGCGCUACGAAUGUGAACACUGUGGAGAGAAGUUCUUCUGGUGGACUGCAAGAAGGACUCACAUUUACAGGGAGCACCUGAAGAAGAGACUCUGCAAAUGCCCACAUUGCCCAAUGGAGUUCUACAUCACGGGACAAAUGAAUGUCCAUAUAAGAGAAGUCCAUUCGGACGUGCCAAACUACCAGUGUGAAAAAUGCGGGAAGGAAUUUAAAGUCAAGAGAAGCCUCCGGAAGCACGCCCUGACUCAUGCAGAGGGUGGGACGUGCAAUCAUUGCGGGAAGAUGUACGACAAUCGCCUCCGGUUGCUGAAUCAUCUCAAAAUCCACGGAAAACGCGCCAAGGCUGACUGCCCGAUUUGCUCAAAAACCCUCCGAACCAUUUCCAUCUUGAGGAGUCAUUUCAAGAAGAUUCAUCCCAAUCAAAUGCACCUCUUCCCAGAAGCCAAAACAGUAAAAAAGAAAAAUGAAAAAGUUUCCAAGGAAGAUUUAUCUCUGGAACAAGAAGGAUCCUCCCGGCUCUGCAGGAUUUGUGAAUCUACCAAAAAUCUCAUAGAUAUCUCCUUGGAAGGAAAUGAAAAUUAUCUCGAGGAAUUGAACAAAAUUAAAUCAUCCUCUAAUGAUGUCCAGGAGGAGGACCAUCAAAUGGGUGAUUUAUUGAAGUUUAUUUGCUUAGAAUGUGGAGAGAAAUUGAAUGAAAUCACCGCCUUGAGGAAUCAGUGUGAGGAAACUGAGAAAAAACUCCGGGAGAGAUUCCUUCUGCAGGAAGGAUUAAAACAAGAAGUUCGCGAGGAAAGUUGUCUAAACAUGGAACUUCGGGAUAGCCAAGAAGAUUCAUCACAGAAGAAAAAUGAGGAAUUUGAGGACAAUUACGAAGGAUCAUGGACAGAAGGGGAUAAUCCGGAAUAUGUAGAAGAAGAUGACAAAAAUCUUCCAGAUCCAGAACUGCCAAAUCAAGAUGAAGAGGAGGACAAGAAGGAUUGGCUUCAAUGCCGAAUAUGCAAGAAAAAAGUAAAGAAUCGCUAUCAUAUGGAAAAACACCAGUGGGAGCAUAAGGGAAGAUCACUGAAAUGCAAUUUUUGUCAAGUUGAGUACUCCUGCCAGGGGAAUCUCACCAGACACAUCCGGGUGGUGCAUGAAAAACGUCGUAGCUACAUUUGUAGCAUCUGCCGAAAGGAAUUUUCCCAGUCAAACAACCUCAAGCUCCACAUGCUCGUGCAUCAGGACAUCAAAUUUGCCUGUGAUCUCUGUGAGAAAGCCUUCAAGAAUCCUCGUUCACUGAGGAAUCACAAAUACAUCCACAUCCCACCGGAAGAGCGAAGUGAACGCAUCGAGAAGCGCCUCGCAAAGCGCCCCAGUCACACCUCAUGGAAGCAUCGGAGUCAGAAGAAGAUUUGCAUUUGUCCCACAUGCGGAAAGAUCUCAAACUACGUCACUCAGCAUGAGAGUCACAUGCGUAGCCACACGGGGGAGAAACCCUUCCGGUGUGCCCACUGUGAAAUGUCCUUCCGCGAGAGGAAUACCCUAAAGAGUCACAUGCUCCUGCAUACGGGUGAGAAGCCCUACAAGUGCUCAACGUGUGGAGCUGCUUUCCGGCAGAGUGCCCACCUGAGGCGCCACACACGCAGCCACACGGGAGAAAAGCCCUAUGCGUGCCUUGUGUGCGAGAAGAGCUUCACGGAGAAGUCUAUUCUGACCACCCACAUGCGUGUCCAUACGGGCGAAAAGCCCUUCCACUGCCGGCUUUGCCCAAAGAAAUUCCACAAUGCCCGUGUCCUCCGGAGGCACUAUCCCAAAGUACAUUUUAAAAAUCAAGGACUUCACACGCAAAAGGAUAUCCAACGGAAGCUCGCUGCAAUGCAGGGAGACGUCGGAUUGGAUGGAUUGGACAGAACAACUGAGGAAGGAUCAAUUAACUAACAUCAGCCUACUUUAUUCGGUUUUUUUUUUCUUAAAGUUCCCUCAAUCUCUAUUUCUUGGGGCAAAUUCUUUCAACUUACUUUUGUGUCCUGGCCUGAUAUCAUUUCCGAUCCUGUCUCCGACUCUUUUUCAGUAGCACUAACACUUUUCUUUUAUGUGGAAAUUUUAAAUAAAGGAAUAAAAUAAACCUUGAAA